AUGCUUCUCAUAAGAGGCGCGGUAGAUUGUAUUUAUCAGUCUGGUGAAUCUCCACUGUUUGGGGCGUUGAAAGCUUGCCCCUCCGGACUCGGUGAAAGAAUAACACGAGGCUACCGCUCAAUGACUAGGAAUGAGACUGGAGAUACGAACGCAGUGGUAAAGUUGUUAUUACGGUAUGGUGCAGACCCAAACAUCAGGAAUCGGCAUGGCCGAGUGUCGUUGUUCUGGGUUCUGAAUUACGGCUCGGGGGCAUCGGUAGAAGCUCUGCUGAGAGCAGGUUGCGAUCCAAAUGUGAGAUACAGGUAUGGUCGCACACCUUGGAUGAGCGCCACGGUACGUCGACAGGCCGGGGUGGUAGCGGCGUUACUCAAAUCGCCGAAGACUGAUCGAUGUUCUCUGGAUCAUUACGGAAGAAGCGCAUUCACCGAAGCUCGUAGCGCGAAGUAUCCGCAUAUUUCGAAGCUACUGUCGGGGAGCCCCCGCGAGAUAGCCACUAUCUCUAGGUCUGCCCUCUGUUUUGAUGGCUACCCAGACCAAGCAGGCUGCGACAUCUGUCAAGCCUAUAUAGUCGGUGAUAGGGCGUAUUAUCGUUGCUUGAUCUGCAAUGACCAUCGAUUCAACGUGUGUGAGGAUUGCAAGGCGUUGGGAGCGACCUGCUUGGACAGGACACAUGCAAUGCGCCGCAUUGAUUGGGGCUUCCUUGAUGCAGAGAAGCUUGAGGCUUUCCGAGAAAUGCCCAAUGGUGGAUGCACAGAGCAUUUGCUUUGGAAUAGUAAACUAGUAGGUGUGAGUUUAUUGCUGAGCAGAUACUGA